AUGCACCUCCUCAUUCUCGGCGGCACGGGCCCGAGCGGCAUCCAGCUCAUCGAGCAAGCCCUCGCCCGCCACCACACCGUCGUCGUCUACGCCCGCUCGCCCGACAAGCUCCCCUCCCACAUCACCGCCUCUCCCUCCGUCACCGUCGUCGUCGGCGGGCUCGCCGACAAGGACAAGCUCACCGCCGCGCUCGACGGCGUCCACGCCGUCCUCUCCGCGCUCGGCCCCGCGGUCAAGAACGGGCCCUUCCACCCGGGCAACACCCCGCUCGCGAACGGGUACGAGCUCCUGCUCGCGUGCAUGAAGGCGCGGGACGUCAAGCGGCUGAUCGCGCUCGGCACGGCGAGCAUGGCGGACGAGCACGACAAGUUCAGCUUCGAGUUCUCGGUGCUCGUCACCGGCGUCGCCGUCUUCGCGCACAACGCGUACAAGGACGUCGUCCAGAUCGGCAAGAACGUGCGCGCGGCGGACCUGGACGUGAUGUGGACGCUGGCGCGCGUGCCGCUGUUGACGGAGAAGGAGUCGAAGGAGUACCUGGCGGGCUACGUGGGCGACGGGAAGACGAAGACGCGGCUGUCGCGCGCGGCGUUUGGCGCGUUCGUGAUGGAUGAACUGGAGCAAAACCAGUGGUGCAGGAAGGCACCGUUGUUGUCGUCGCCGUGA